CGCUCCUCCAGCCGCGCCGCCGCCGCCUGGGCGCCUCAGGGCAGCUGUUGCUGGACAGACGGCAGUGGGCGCUGCGUUCGACUUGCCGAUACCUCGUUACUCGCACUCAGCGAGGUGGAGCGGCGCGCGCUGCAACAAGCUGCUCUCGCCCGUCUGCAGCAGAUCAACCUUGGCACCACCAUCAAGAUACCUGAAGAAAAUUCGUCUGCGUCUGUCGCGACGAAGCCAAAGAGAAGACCGUACCUUCUGAAACGGAAGGCGCUCACCACUGGCUUCUUCGACCAGAGCAGAGCUAAAGAUGGGGACAAAGAUAAAGAGACACCGGGCAGUGUAUUCGGUGUGCCGCUGGCGCAGUGCGUCGAGAUGGAGCGGGCGUUGAGAAGACAGCACGGCGGUUCCCGCGCCUCCCUCGCCUCGCUCGGCGCCCUCGAUAAGGGGGAUGAUAGUGAAUCCUGUGAUUCAAGCGAGUGGUGGGCAGGAUUAGAAGAGUCUGGUGGUCCGCGAGUGCCUGGUAUAGUGACUGCCUGCCUGGCACACCUGCGGCGCCAUGGUCUACGCACGCUCGGCCUCUUCAGGGUGUCAGCAUCUAAGAAGAGAGUUAGACAGUUGCGCGAGGAGUGGGAGCGCGCGCAGGAGACGGCGCUGGACUCGGCGGUGUGUCCGCACGACGUGGCCACUCUGCUCAAGGAGUUCCUUAGAGACCUGCCCGACCCGCUGCUCUGCAGAGAUUUGUAUCCUGCGUUUUUACAGACACAGAAGAUCCGCAACCGGCGGCUGCAGUGGGAGGCGCUGCGGCUGGUGGUGCAGCUGCUGCCGGCGGCGCACCGCGACACGCUGAGCGCGCUGCUGGCCUUCCUGGCGCAGCUGGCCGCGCACGCCGCCGACGACGCGCAGCCCGGCAACAAGAUGGACGCCGCCAACAUCGCCACCAUCUUCGCGCCCAACAUCCUGCACAGGAACAAGCCCAACGAGGCCGCCAGCGCGGAGCAGCUGUCGGAGCGCGCGGACGUGAUCAACGUGGUGCGGCAGCUGCUGGAGCGGCAGGCGGAGCUGUGGGCGCUGCCGGCCGAGCUGCUGCACGAGGCCUACAUCCACCUCGCGCACUCCGCGCCCGCGCUGCUGGACUCGCUGCUGCUGCGCCGCGCGGAGUCAGUGCACCUCACUACCUCACACCUCACACCUCACACCUCACACCUCACUACCUCACACCUCACACCUCACUACCUCACAUCUCACACCUCACUACCAUGUGCGGAGGCAGUGGGGGGCGGGGGCGGUGGCGGUGGGGGCGGUGGGGGCGGUGGCGGUGGCGGGGAGUGCGCGGGGGGCGAGGCGCGGCGCGUGUGGUCGCGGGAGCAGUUCCUGCACGGCGCCGCCGCCACUGCUGCCCCUCCCCCAGCGCUGCUGCACGGAGAGAAGUCGUAUUCCCGGACUAGAAGAUCGAGAGACGCGGCGUCAGAGAUCUCAGCAGGCUCCUUGUCCUCGGCCAUGACCGUCAUCACAAGGGUGAGAAGUAGCGAGGAGUGUGUGAGUGGGGUGGGCAGCGCUGCGCCGCGCGCAGACUCCGCGCCGGACUCCAACGACUCCGCCAGCGAUUACAAUGAGGCGGGCGGCGGCGUGUCGGAGGACGAGUGUGUGAUCACGGCGUCGCUGCACAUCCCCGUGUCGCAGGCGCGCCGCCGCUCCGCCUCCUCCUCCUCCUCCGCCAAGCGCGACUCCGCCGUCGGCUCCUCGCCCUCCGCCAGCCUCUCCGGCGCCUCCUCGCCGCCCGCCUCGCCGCCGCCGCACGCCGCGCUCGCCUCACUCGCGUCGCACGCCUCGCCCGCGUCGCACGCCUCGCACGCCUCGCACGCCUCGCUCGCGUCGCAAGCGCGCCCCGACAUCGACCGCCUCGGCGCACUCGCACGAGAACGUAAUACGUCAGACGCGCGCGCGGUUGUACUGCGACAACACGACCAGCACGAGGCGAGCCGGCGUGUGCGGCGUGACGUCACCGUGCGCAGCGACCGCGCGGAGGAGGGGACGCAGCGCGGCGAGCGCGCGGAGGAGAGGACGCAGCGCACGGAGCGCACGGAGGAGAGGACGCAGCGCACAGAGGAAAGGACGCAGACGCAGACGCUGUACAAGCGCGGGGAGCUGAUCUCGAGCGCGCGCUCGCCGCCCGCGUGACACUUAUACAUAAAAAUAUUUAUAUUAUAUUUAUUUUUUUAUUAUUGUAAUACAGUAUUUUACGUGUA